AUGGAGAAACUCGUCGUUUUGCGGCUCCGCGCCAGGGAAGGUCACAGUCGCGUCGAGGUGUCUCCGCAGGCCUCCCUCGCCGAGGUUUACGCGCGCGUCUCCGAGCAGCUUCGUCUGCCUCGAGACGCGCUCGAGAUUUUCCUCGACCAGCGCCACAGAGAGCGUUUGCCGGCGAGUCCUGAGGUGACAGUGGCGAAGGCUGCGCUGCCGACUGGGGCUCUGCUCUUCAUCAAGACAGAUGCUUCCGCCACAAUCGCUGCGGUCCCCCUGCAACAUGCGGCGCCAAUGACGACGGCCGAUCUGCCUCCAGAAACAGCAACAAAAAAUCUCUCUUCUCCCUCUUCUUCUUCCGCGUCGUCGUCGGCUUAUCAAGGGGGCCAGGGUGCGAGCGCAGGUUCCGGAGACAGCGGUGUGGCGGGAGUGAACUUCAAGUCGUUCGACGCCUUCCUGCGAGAGAGAAAAUUCGCAGUCAACGACUUGCCAGGCUGCACCUCCUAUAAACCUCGGCGCCUGGAGGCUGGACGGAUGAACAAGAUUCCGACGACGGUGACGCUGAAGCAUCAGGUGUACAGACACGUGGACCACUUGGAGAUGAUGAAUGUGGAGGAUGUGAAGAACUUUGUGCGGUUUUGGCAAGAAGACUUGCAGAUGUUGCAGCAGAGAUUCGGCUACAUGUUCGGCUACUACGUCGAAGAUCCGCAUUAUCCGGACGGCAUUCGCGCCGUCUGCGAAGCGAUCUACGAGCCGCCGCAGGAGAAUACUUUGACUUCUUUGAAUGUGAAGAAGGACGACGAAGAAGUGAAGGUUGCGGAGAAGAUUGCGGAUCGUCUGGGCUUGGAGCUCAUCGGGUGUAUCUUUACGCACGCACCGAGGGAAGAGUUGCUCACUUCUCAUGAGGUCGUCGACUUGGCAAAAACGCAGCUGUCUCGCCAAGUCUCGACGCAUUUCACCGGGUACCCGGUUAGCAAGUUUGUGUGCUGCACUGUCUCUCUGGACAAGUCGACGCGCGACGGCGAAGCGGUUCCGAACGCCUUCAUGGUCUCCGACAUGGGUGUUGCUCUUGUACGCGACGGCGUCGUCUCGGAGACGCAGCCUGACGACACUCACAUCCAGCUGAGGUCUCCAGAGAAGGGCGAACUGCUGCCGCAAGUCCUCGAGUCGGGGAGGGAAACGACUCGCUUCGACGCCAGCUGGUUCAUUGUGCGUGUAAACGAAUCUGCGCCCAAGAAGGUUCGCUCCUUCUUCUGUUCCAGCAGCUUUCCUCGCGCGAACCGCCUCGUCGCCCAAACUCCAAAAGACAUCACUGAUCACCUGACGCGAGUUGCUGCGCUCGCGGGUCCAAGCCCAGUGGCGAAGAAGGAGAACUGGAGACGGUUCGCAGAUUUUCACCUUCUUCUGUAUGUGGCGAAACUCUUCGACCUCGACACCGCCUUCAGCAUCUGCGACUGCGUUCGAAACAGGCAGCCGGUAGACGAAGGUCUCGAAGACACUCUCAAGUCCUUCGGCUGA